AUGACUCCGCCGACGCCACGACAGGCUGUUUAUGCUUCUGACGGCGAGCUCAUUGGCCACAUGGCGGACGAGUACACCAUUCGCCCCGCCAACCAGGCAGCGACCAUUCGCGUCAACGCCACUCGGUUCACGGCUCUCAGGACACGGGCGCGCAACGCCACACGCAAUCGCGAUGCCAUCGUGGCUGAGCGCGACGCCUUGCAGGCUCAAGUGACGACAUUGCAAACCGAGAUCGCCAACCUACAGGGCGAAGUAGAAGCGCGUGAGGCCGAGAAGAGGGCUUGGGAGGAUCAAAGGUCGAACUUACUUGGAGCCAUUGAGCGCGCAGAAGAAGACGCAACAGAAGUUACCGUCGCGAUUACCGACAACGGGUUAUGUCCUGUUUGCAGCGAGAUCUGUAGGGAGCCAUACGUUGUUAGGGAAUGCGGGCACACGUUUUGUGCCAGCUGCCUUGUCAACUGGUUAACUGUCGCGUACGACAAGGCGCGGGGUGCAGGCAACGUCCAUAUCGACCCCAUGGUACCACCUAUCCACGGAGAGCAGAUGGUAGGAUUGUCGGAAGAGGCUAUUGAAAGUAUUGGGGAGUUAGAGGAUGAGCUGGAAGAGUAUCGGGCGGAGUUCACUUGCCCUUACUGUCGCGCUUCGAUUUGGCGGGCUCCGGUCAAGAACUUUGCCAUUGCUGAGAUAAUUGAGCGCGCAAGGCCUGCGGUACAUCUUGAGGGCGAGUUGACGCGGCAGAGAAACGAAGGCUUGAUACGUACUUAUUUCAACAUGUCCGAAGACCUCUAG